CCAGCCCACUUUAACUUCAUACACACUGAUCCGAGCGCCCAGCAGUAAGACAACACAUUCACAGCUUCUUCGCCUUAAUAAAAUCACAACAACAAGCAGCGGUUCCGUUUCAGCGCGAGCUCCGGAUGAAACUAUUAAUGGACUAAAAGCUGAAUAACGGAGAGAGAGAGCGCGCGUGCGUCAGUGAUACCGCCGGGAAAGGCUGAUGGAUGGAGCGAGGGAUCAGUAUGAGGAACGAUUGAAAGAGGUGUUCGAGAGUUUUGAUGGCAGCGGUUCGGGCUCGUUAUGUUCUGAAGAACUGACCGAUCUCUGUCGAGCCCUUCAGCUGGAGGAGAACACGCUCAAUGCGCUAUUACAUGCACUGCUGCACGACCAAUUUAGCGCUUGGGUUGAUUUUGAACAAUUUAAGGAUGCACUGAUCCUUGUUUUGUCAAGGUCAAACACAGAAGAUCCACAGGAAUGUCCUGAACAACCAGAUUCCCCUGAAGUCCAGCCACGGUUUGUGAAGGGAAGUAAGCGUUAUGGCCGCCGUACUGCCCCAGAGUUCAUACACGCACACGCUGAGUCACAUAGGCAGGCUGAAGAUGAGGAUGAGAAGGAUGAAGAUGCUCAAACGGGUGAUGACAGAACUGUACCCAGAAAGCGUGAGCGUUGGAAUGCUGACCUGAGCAUUUCUGAAGAGUUUGAGGCAGAAGGUCAGUUGCAUCUCUGGAACCCAGAUGAACCGACCACACCCAUUGCGUUGCCGCUCUGUGAUUUGGAGGAGCGUUUACAUAAUGCUUGUCAUCAGCUGUCUCUACCCAUAAAUGGCACAGCCACAAUGCAACAGCUACAUAUGCUGUGCCAACACAUAGGCAUAGAGUUGGGUGAGGAUCUGGUGCAGUGUUCUGAUGGCAAUUCAAUGGAUGUGCAGGAGUUUGUGUCAUACAUUAUAAACCACAGCAAACCACCCACACCGUCAGCAUCCACACCCUAUAGACAAUUAAAAAGACACCAUUCGACUCAGUUUGAUGAAUCAGGUCGUCGAAUCUCAUGUGCUUUGAGCAGUACAAUCGGUCUGCGUCUGUUUUCGGUUUUGGAUGAUGGAUCAGGACACGUUCCUGUGGAAACAUUGCUGUACAGGUGGAUGGAAGAGGGAGUGGAUAACAGCGCAGAGAUCUUGCAGGCUUUGGAUUUUAAUUCGGAAGAUAAAGUGAAUCUGGCUGAGCUGACCGUUGCCCUGGAAAAUGAGCUGCUGAUCACCAAGAACUCAAUCCACCGGGCGGCGUUAGUGAGCUUCAAGGCAGAAAUCAGACAUCUGCUUGAGUGUGUUGACCUGGAAAGACGUGAGAAGGAGAGGAUUCGCUUGGAUCUGGACAAAGCAGAGAAGCUCAAAUCUCAGCUGGCAUCUGAAGUGGACGACCACCAUGCUGCUAUUGAGCGCAAUAAUGAGCUCAAUCUCCGGAAGUUGGAGCAAGAAUAUAAAGACGGUAUGAAUGCUCUGAGGGCUGAGCUGAGUAAAGAGGUGGAGCUUGUGCAGCAGCAGGCCAAUCAGCAGCGAGAAGAGCUGGAAAACGAAAUGAGCAAGAUGAAGGAAGAAGAGAACUUCCUACGAGAGCACCUAACUCUCACCAUUAAAGAGAAUGGCCGUCUGGAGGCGGAGCUGAUCGAUAGCAUGGAGAAACUGGUGGAGGCUGAAAACCAGAUAAACAAACUCCAAAAAAACCUGGAUGGUGUUUUGAAAGAGAGGUUUGGUGAUCUGGAUCCAGACAGUGCUGAGUUCUACCAGCAGGAGAACCGUCUAAGACACUUACACAUGAACUAUGAGAAGCAGUGCAGGGAUUUGCAGGAUCGCAUCGAUGAGUUGGAAGCACAGCUGAAGGAAUAUCAGACUUUAGGCCACCCCCCUUCAACACGUCCAGGACAAAGUCUGUCUGAAGAACUGGCCAACACGAGCCCAGACCCAGAUUCUCAAAAACAGCAGAUAUUAAACAUGAGUCUAGAGACAGAGAUGCUACUGGAGCAACACCAGAGAGAGAUGGAAAGCCUCAGAGCCAUGGUGUAUGAAGAAAAACGCAGCGCUGAGGAAGAGAGGAGUCGUCUCUCCUUGCAGCAUCAUCAGGAGAUGCAGGUUUUGAGGGAGGAGAUGGCAACCCAGUUGAAGAGAGUGCACACGCUGGAGCAGGAGCUGUCCGGUCUCCAUGCACUCCACCAGCAGGAGAUCAGCUCGUUCACACAGGAGGCGCAGGAUGCCAGGAACCGUGCUGACCAGCUGGAGGAACAGUUGGCAAUUCUGGAGGAGAAACGGUCUGCUUGUGAAGAGCAGAGUCGAGGACAUGCCGAUGAGAUCGGGAUGAUGGAGUUAAAGCACCAGGAGAUGCUAGAGACAUGUCUGCAGGAGCAGAAAGAGAGACUGCAAGAGGAAAAGAAAAUGCAGGGGAGGCUCGCGGAACAGUGGGAACAAGAACGGGAGUGUUUGCAGAAGAGACAUGAUGAGGUGUUAAGGACACAUCUUGAGGAAACACAGCAGAGAAAAGAACAAGAGUGCGUUGAGCUGGAAAGGAGGCUCAAGGAGGAAUGGGAAAGGGAGAGGCUGGAGUUAGAAAAGGGUAGUAAGGAGACGUUGCAGGUCAUGUUGGAGGAGAAGGAGAGAAAGCUCAGGGAGAAAUGGCAACAGGAGAAACAGGAAUUAGAGGAGGUCAGUAAGGUGACAUUGCAGGCUAUGCUGGAGGAGAGGAGGGAGAGAGAGAGGAGAUUUAGGGAGAAAUGGGAUGAGGAACAUGCUUUGUUAGAGAAGGAACAUUAUGAUGUGCUCCUCCAGCGUUUAGAGGAGGAAAGAGAAUCCCUUCGUGCACAGCAGGAGGAGACGGAGAGGACGAUGAUGGAGCAUUGGGAGAGAGAGAGGGCUCAGCUGGAGAAACAGCAUGAGGAGGUGCUACACGCCUGUUUGGAGCAGGAGAGAGAGAGAGUGCAAGCAGAGAGAGAGGCGCAGGAGAGAAGGUGGCAGAAGGUGCUGAAAGAGGAACAGAGCCGGAUGGAGGAGACGCACAGAGAGGCCAUGCUGGAGCUUAGUGCCAAACACGGUGAGGAGAGAGAGAGACUCGGCAGCCUUCUGGAGAAUCUACGCACAGAUAUUGCACAGGAGAGGAGAGAGUUGGAGACACAAUUCUCUCAACGCCUGAAAGAGGUGGAGGACCGUUUCUGUGAUGACCAAGAGGCAGUGUCUGAGUGUUUUCAGCUGGACGUAUGUAAACUGCAGCAACAUUAUCAAAGUGAGACCGCAGCUUUAAAGCAACAGCAUGCUGCAGACUGUGCCCGCUGGGAGGAGGGGUCAGAAUCAGCCGUCCAGGAGGGGGAGCAACAGCAGAAGCUAUUGAGGCAGGUCCUAGACCUUGAGAGGGAGCAGCUAAAAAUGGAGCAUCAGCAACUUGAACUCACACAUGCCCAAGAUAUUAAAACUCUGACAGAUAAGAACGUCCAGCUUCAGGCCGAGCUGGAGAGUUUCAUCAGUGCCGCUCAGUCCAAAGAAAUCGCGCUUAGCUGUCAACUCAAUGAGCUGCACAACCAUCUGCAGGAGAGCAAGGAGGCCAAAGAUCUCAUGCUGGCACUGGCCGAGCACAAAGCCGCUGAGCUGGAGGCGAUGCUGCAGCAGGCUGUGGAUGACUUCAUCCAAGAGAGGGUGGAACUACAAAAGAGUCUGUCUGCUUUGGAGAGCAAGCGAGGUGAAGGACUCUAUCAGAGCAUGGAGCUAAAAAUCAGAAUCCAGGAGAGUGAGGAGCUUCUCUGUCAGGCAGCUGAGGACUUAAGAAAUGAACGUCUGGAGCUGGAGGAGAAACUAAAGGAGAGUAUCUCCUUACUGAUGGCAAAGGAGGAGGAGAGGGUGGCUCUGCUUGCAGAGAAAGACACUCUAGCAUUGAAAGUGGUGCAGUUGGAGGAAAUGUUGGUGGUGUUGAGAGGAACCACUGAAGGGGCUUGCAAAGAUCUUUUUGCAGAACCUUGCACAGUGACUGCUGUAGAAAUCUCUGCGGAUACCGAAGAAGACCUUGAAGGCCCAACUCAAGAAACCAGCAAAGAACCAGUUGAUGAAUCCAAUGAGAAUGAGUCUUUUAUAAAUGAACACUUGAAAAGCAGUGGUGGUAUCACAGAAAACACAAUGCACAUUAAUGUUAGAUUCAGUACUGAAGAGGAUUUUAUGGGUAAUGAUGAAGCAGAGACAGUGGAUGAGGUUGCUAAUCCAGAGAUUGGUGUCAACAAACAAGAAGUUACCACUUCAGAUGCUUGUGCAGACCAUAAAGACACAGCUGAUGUAGAAUCUGCUAAUAGUUACAAAGGAAGUCUUACAGAAGAGAAGGAAAAGAAUGAACCUAAACAUGCUGUAGGACUAUCAAUUGAAGAGAUUGAUGUUUACAAUGAUGCUGCAUCGAGUAAUGCAGAGAGCAAUAUCACAAAGGCUCAAGAUGAAGCUGAUGGUGUGGUUGCUGACUCUGAUCUUACAAAGCUAGAGAACACUACAGACAAGACCACAGUAGAGUUUGAGAAGGCAACAUUUUGUAAUUUGCAAGGUUCUGAAUGUGAUGACAUUGUUGUAUUAGAUGGCACAGAAAUGUGUGGUGCUGCCAUAGAAAAUACAGAAAGUUUGGGCACCACAUCCAUUGGUAAGCAUAAAGAGUGGACAGUCAAUAUUCCUGAUGCCUCAGAAACUCAUAUCUUAGCAGAGGAGAGCUUGCGACACCAGGAAUUUUCAGACCCGGAUGAUGCUGCCAGCAUUGCAAGUCUUCAGAAUCAAAUUAAGGCUUUGACAGAGGUUUGUGCUCCAACGUCAGUUAACAUGGAACUGGUUUCUGAUAUGAAAAAUAUGUGCAUGCAGGAGAUCUUGGAUCUUCAAGAAAUGGUGAUGCAGUACAGCAGAGCUGCAGAAUUCACCAGUUUCCUGAAUCCUGAACUGCAAGACCUGGAAAGAGUACCACCUAAGCCUUGUGAACUAAAUGCACACGUAGACACAGAUUUUGAACUUACCAAGCAUAAGAAUUGCUAUGAGCUGCAGAUGGUUGAAUCCAACAGAGACUCGGAGGGGAGAAUCAAGAGUCUGGAAGGUAAGAUGCACAUAGUCCAGGACUUCCACAAGCAGCAGAUGUCUGUCCUGGAGGAGUCUACUCGACUGAGAGCAGAUAAUUGUAAACCGAAUGAAUUGUUGAAGGAACUCGAGAAACAGGAUGAGAUUCAACAGUGGGAUUCUGACUUCUCAGAUUCUUCAGAUGACUCUUUCUUGGAGCUCAAUAUUCAAGUGAAGGAGAAGAUUGGUGCAAUGGCAAAUCAGGAACUCUUCAAUAUGCAAAUACUGAAGAAGCAGAAUUCCAGAUUGCGUCAAGUGCUGGCUGAUCUGCAGGGCAAAUCUCUCAGGAUCCACAAACAAAUGCAAGAACGGAGGAGUGAAGUUUGUCAUCUGGCUAAAGAAAACCUCAUUCUGAGGCACAGGAUCUCAACAGUAAGGGAAGAGGACCUUAGAGAGAACCAGGAAAAUCUGCGACUACAGCACAUGAAGCAAGGGAAGAGAGCAGCUCAAGCUUUAAGGAGACAGCUCUCCGAGCCACGCCGCCUAGAACAUCAUCUUGAUGAAGAGAAUGUUUUAUUACAACUGAAUGCAGAUCAUGUGCCUCGACAUACUAGCCAGGAAGUGAUGCGUCCCCAUGACCACAGUCCAGCCAAUGAGAAGAAUGGGUUGUUCCAGUUGUUUGAUCGAGAAGAUUUUGUAUCCAGAAAAGAGAAGGAGCUGCUUAGAGCUGAACUGAACCGGUGUAUAGAAAAGGGCAUGUCGCUGGAGUCAUCACUACAGACUCUAACUCAACAGAACGCUCAUCUCAAAUCUGACCUACGCAUCACACAACAGGAACGAGAUGCCCUCAAACAGGAAGUGAUUUCACUGCAUAAACAAAUGCAAUCUGCCAAUGAAAAGUUGUUGGAGGUCUCUGUUGUGUCUGCUGGUCAGCAGCAGGGGAGGCGUUUAUGGGCCGAGCUUUCUGGACUGAUGGAGGCGGAGCAUGCUUCGCUAAUGGACGAAAACCAGCGACUCAAGCGACAAAUGAGCGAGAUGAACUCUGAGCUCCAGAGAGCAAGGGAGCAGAUCUGUCAGUUGGAGGCUUUGAGUCUAAAACUGAGGGCAUUGGUGAAAGUUGCAGAUCAAGAAAAAUCUGCCUUAAAGCGUGAACUGGAUGCUCUGCAUUCACAACUGAUAUCAACACGGAACAAGACUCAGCGGGCUGCAGUCUUGCCUUCAUCUCCUCUACAGUUGCCAGGGGAACAGAGAGGACAGCACCAUAGCGACGGCCCAGACUUCACCAUGCAGGAUGAGCGUGAGGUUGCAUUAUUACAUAUGGAGGACAGGAUGAGAGAAGUGGAGGUCACACUCAGGAACCUCAAACUGUUGUUACAGGAGAAAGUCUCUCAGCUGAAAGAACAGUUGACCAGGAACAGUGAAGCAGACGUGUUAAUAAAAGACCUGUACGUGGAGAAUGCUCAGCUGCUUAAAGCCCUGGAGAAGACCGAACAGCGUCAGAAAGUAGCAGAGAAGAAGAACUUCCUCCUGGAGGAGAAAAUUUCCAGCCUCAAUAAGAUUGUCCGUGACCUUGGCCCUUCCCCGCUGACCCCAACGCCCUACCACUUUACACGCUCUUAAUUCAAUACUGUUGAAUGUUAUUACAAUUGUAGCAUAUGACAAACCUGCAUGCUUUACCACUUCAUAGUAGUGUAUUUUACCCCAAAUUCGAAAUGUGCCAGAAAUACAUUUAUAUAUAUAUUAUAUAUAUAAGUUACGUUGUUGCAUUUCGUUGACAACUACCUCUGCAAGUAGCAGGAAAUCCAAACCCACAGAUACAGGAAACAAGUAUUUGAAAGGGCUCAUAAGAAGACAAAAACACUUGUGCUAUGUUUCAACUGUUUAAAGCCAGGCAAUUCUAAAAUGUGAAGCCUAGUUUGUUGAACAUCUUAACUAAAUCUGAUUUGAUGGUUACUUUUAUAAUUUAAUGAAGGUGUUUUAAGAAUAGGGCAGAUUGUUAUCGGUGAGUCAGGACAUCCGAAUGUAACUGGACAGGAUAAAAAUCCUUUAGUAUGCUAUAGCUCCAGAGAAGCCUGUGGUCCAUCUGAAGCCCCUUUGUUCACAUACAUAGUCCCAUCCAUCUUUCUGUGUUAGUCAGACCUUUAAUUUCUAAAAUAGCAAAUAGCCUACACCCAUUUAUUUUAUUUUGUUGUUGUUGUGUUAUUUCUGUUGGAUUGAGUCUUUUGUGUUGCACAUCUUUUGUUUUUGUUUUGCUUAUAUUGUGUAUUUAUUUUAAUGUACCUGUCUUGUCUGUACUGUAAUGCAUUAAGAGCACUGUGAAUACGAACAAUAGGGAGCCUAUUAAAAUAUUUAUGUGCAGUAGAAGAAACUCAGAGUUGACAGAUGUCAGCAUCAUGGUAACUACAGUAUAAUUUGUGAGCGGAGAGGAAAAUUACUGGUUAUGAAGUUUCAUUUCAGGCGUCUCUCACUGAGUUUUUGGUGCUUUGGUGAAAAUGCUCAGAGAAUUACAGGCAUUUAAACCAUUGCAAACUGCUUUGAAAUAUGUGCCCUUACAUUUUUAGAAUUGUAAUGCAGCCUUAGGUAAAGUAUGAAUUAUGCUUUACCACUAUUUGUAUUGAAAAUAACUUCAACUUACUUUUAGAUGUGUUAAUACUGUAAGUCUGAUGUUAAAACGAAUGUAAAGAAAAUCAUUGUU